AUGGCCCCCAUCCCGACAGCCUCGACGCGGCAACCGCUCAAACUACUCAUGCUCCACGGCUACACGCAGUCCGGCAGCCUCUUCCACGCAAAAAGUCGCGCCCUGACAAAAAGCAUCCAAAAAGCCUUCCCUCUCCAUGAAGUCUCCGCCAUCUACCCAACAGCCCCAAUCCGCCUCUUGCCCUCCGACAUCCCAGGCUACGAGCCCUCCGCGGAAAGCAGUCCAGACAACGAAAUCGAAUCCUACGGCUGGUGGCGACGCUCCAACACCGCAAACCCGCCGUUGUACACCGGCCUGGAAGAAGGGUUCGCAGCUGUCGCGCGCACACUGAAAGAAGAAGGCCCCUUUGAUGGCGUGAUCGGGUUCUCGCAGGGCGCCGCACUAGCCGCAAUGGUCGCGGCGCUGCUGGAGCCCGGCCGGAAGGCGUCAUUCAAGCACUUUUCUCAAAUAAGCACCGAUGGCGCGGCAGGGAUUGCUAUUCCGGUGCCGUUCGGCGAGGAGGACUUCCAACAUCCGCAGCUUAAGUUUGCGAUUUGUUACUCUGGAUUCAGGUCGCCUGGGGCCCGAUAUAGGGCUUUUUAUGAGGAGCCUGCUAUUCAGACGCCUGUGUUGCAUGUGCUUGGGUCUUUAGAUGCUCUGGUUGAUGAGUCGAGGAGUCGGGCUUUGAUCGAGGCUUGUGCUGGUGAGCCUGAGAAGGAUGGGUUGGUUGUUUGGCAUCCUGGUGGUCACUUCUUGCCGAGUCAGCGGCCGUAUCUUGAUGCUGCUGUGCGGUUUAUUCGGGAGCAGAUGGAGCGCAGCGAUGGAUCGAAUGAUAAGGGGAAGGAGGUGGAAGAGGAUGUGAAUGAUAUGGAUUUGCCGUUUUGA